AUGUCCCAGUCCCCAACAGGUGCCAAUGAUUCUGAGCAAGCCGCUAAAAGGAGACGCACUGACGCUGGGCCAGUUGCAACCGCCCCAGUUACCCAACCAGAGCAAUCAGUGACCGCCCCGCCUCAGCCGCCUCCGACUCAUAUUCCCAAGCGAGGUGCACGGGCCUGUACCAACUGCAGAAAGGGCAAAAACCGCUGUGAAGGAGAGCCUCCAUGCAAACGAUGUCAAGCGAGCGGGACACCCUGUAUCUUUGAAAAGCCAGAGAAGAAAAAUGUACAAUCUUUGGCAGGACCCAGCAAUGAGAGACUUCAAAGGCUCGAGGGCCAGUAUCUGGUUCUCCAAAGCCAGAUGAUUGGCAUGCAAGCCUCCUUGGACAGAAUCCUGUCUGCAGUGGCGCCCCAUGCUGUCCCUCCUCAGCCUCUGCCAGGCCACCCACCGGCUCCCUACCCCCCUCCCGCUAUGGAGGCUCCUCCCAAUCCACCCGGCGUCCCAGGUCAGCCUCCCCGUAACGGUUUCGAGAUGCCCGCCCCUCCCAUCGACCGUGCGCGAGGCUUCCCGCCUCUCCCCGGAUUUGCCCCACCACCUCAUAAAUAUGCAUCAUACGGCAUUAUUCCCAGCACAGCUGCUUCUUCCGAGGAUGAAUCUGAGGAUACGUUGCCACGAUCAACCAUCAACGCACCGAUCGAAGCUUUGCAAGGGCUCGCAAAUGCCGCUGCAGAAGCUGCUGCAGCUCCCUCCGCCAUCUCUCCUAGAGUGAAAAAGCGCAAGAGGGCUGCAGAGCCGACACCAAGGAAUGCAUUUCCUCACGUCGUUGAAAAGGGGCUUGUAUCGGAGCAAGAGGCUCGAGAACUCUUCAACAUCUUCUUCGCAGGAUGCAACCUUUUCAUUCCCUUGUUCGAUCCUGCAUAUGAUACCUACGAGAGUCUAUCAGAACGUAGCCCCUGGACCUUUGAUGCCAUCCUAGCCAUCGCUGCAAAGAUCCGCAGUGGCAAUGGCCCUCUCAGUGAUACGUUCUACAAGUGUCUGGAGGAGGCUCAAGGAAUCGCAAGGUCCUCACUUUUCGGACCUGUCGUCAGAAAGGAGGCAGUUCAAGGAAUGCUCCUGCUUGCGGCGUGGAGCACCAACGGCUGGCUCCCAAGCGGGCACGCCAUGAGAAUGGCCCUGGAUCUUGGCCUCCACCGUGCUCUCGACAAGCUUGCUGAUGACAGUGGAAAGCAAAGGUCAGAAGAAGAAGAAAGGAACCUUGUCGUCUCUGCACGCAUUUGGCUCUGCCUCUAUUGGUUCGACCAUCAGAUGAGUCUGGGAACAGGGCGACCUGUAGUCCUUCGCGAUGAAUCGAGCAUUCGGCAUUGUCGUCUCCUGUUGUCGCAUCCCAUGGCUUCACCUACCGAUGUUAGGCUGAUCGCCCUGGUUGAAAUGGUUGCCCAAAAGACCCAGAUUUAUGAGACUUUGGGACCUCUAGACGGUCAAGUCAACCACAAUACCUUGUCGUUCAUUCGCAGGGCCAACGUUGCACUGGACAAAUGGUGGACUGAACACGACGAACUACACCGUAAAACAAUGGACCAAGAAUCCCUCCUCCGAAAACUGCUCGCUGGCGACCUGCACUAUGCCAAGCUCUGGCUAGUCUGCCUCGCCCUGCGCGGCGCCUCCUGGGACAAAAUGCCAUUCGAACAACGCGAGCUCGCUUUCCAGGCCAAAGAAGCUGCCUCUAAUUGUCUGGCCAUUUUCCUAACUUCCGCAGAAUACAGGGCCUCCCUGCGAUACGCGGUGCACGACAGCUUGGUCACAGCGGCGUUUUCGGGACUGUUUCUGCUCAAGAUGGCGAGCUUGUUCCCAAGAGAGAUCGAUCUGGCGGCAACGACAACCCAGGUCGAGCAGAUGGCGCAGCUGCUCUCCGAUGUCGCUGCUGAGAGAUAUGCAUUCACCUUGCGUAUCAUGCUCGCCAACUUGCGCCGAAAGGUCGGCAUGCAGACUGGUGUUCACCUGAGCAACCCUCUGCCCGUUAUGCCACCCCCGUCAUUCGCGACGACUAUGGUGGUUCCUCCUCAGACAUACCCCGCCGAUCCGUCUAUGCCACCUCCAUUCACCAUGGAAGAGCUUGGUUUCGCCUGGCCGCAAGAGGGCGUCACCUUCAAUUCUGCAGUUAUCCCUCCUUGGUUGCAAGAACAGAGCUUGACCGACUUGGGUCUGCCUGCAAAUGGAUCUGAGGGUAUCUUCCUUCAAACCAAAGGCACGAAUGGCUGGACUGGAGACUUCAAUCCUAUGCCCGAAGCCUGGUGA